UUAAAGGCUGAUAUUUUGAAGCAGUUGAAUCUAAAACCAUGGCUAAAGACAUGACUCUGCUGUGGGGCUCCGGCUCUCCUCCCUGCUGGAGAGUGAUGAUCGCUCUGGAGGAGAAGAAUCUGCAGGGUUACAACAGUAAACUGCUCUCCUUUGACAAAAUGGAGCACAAGUCCCAGCAAGUGUUAGAUAUCAAUCCAAGGGGACAGGUUCCAUCAUUCAAACAUGGAGACAUUGUUGUUAAUGAAUCCUAUGCUGCCUGCUUUUACCUUGAGAGUCAGUUUAAAUCCCAGGGCACCAAACUGAUCCCAGACGGAGCCGAGGAGCAAGCCCUGAUGUACCAACGCAUGUUUGAAGGCCUCGCCUUCUACGAUAAACUCUGUGCAGUUAUUUUCUAUGACUACUAUGUUCCUGAAGGAGAGCGGCUCGAUUCAGCUCUGAAGAGGAACAAAGAGGCCCUGGUCACUGAGCUCAAACUCUGGGAGGGUUACCUAGAGAAGCUGGGCUCUGGCUCUUACCUGGCAGGAAAGUCUGUCACUCUGACAGACGUGGUCGUUUUUCCAACUGUUGCUACUCUCUUCAGAUUUGGGCUGUCUGCUGAGCGUUACCCCAAACUAGGAGAGUACCACGCUCUGAUGAAGGAAAGGCCCAGCGUCAAAGCCAGCUGGCCUCCUCAUUGGCUGGAGAAUCCCAAGGGACAAGACACCCUGAAGGACAUCUGAAAUGGACCAGUUCCAGUCCCACAUUAGAAGCCUUGCAACUCUCCUUCUGUAAAGCAGAUCUGAUAAUCAAAAAUAACCAAAUUCAGCUUGCACUGUUGUAACAUUUCCAAAUGGUGUCUUCUGAAGCAUUGUGACAGAAGAUGGUUUAGUUUCUAAUGCAAUGUUGAAAUGACUGAAAAUGCACUUUCUUUGCUUAUGACUUUCUACUAACAAUUUAUAUCUAACAAUUGAAGCUUAUAUAAAAAUGCUUCCUUCAUCUAAUAGGUCAGUUUUCCCUCCAGUUUACUGCAGAAGGUUUUUCUAGAGGCUCGCUACACAAAUGCUGCACUAUAAAAUAAAUUUGGGGCCAUAACUGAGUGUAUCUAAGGUCAGCGUGUCUAAAUGUGUUCAAAGUCUGACUUUAAGAGAUAAAUGAUCCCGAUGGAGAAAAUCCAUGUUAUCAAAUAUCUGGUUUAUCAUCUGAAAAUGAUUGUUGAAACAGGUUUGCACUUCCCAGGCGGAACUCAAAUGUUGCGGUGUCCCGUCUUUGCAUACAUUUACAGUUCUUAAAUUGUGUACUUUGUUUAAUUUUGCAUUUCAUGUUGAGCUCAGCCUCUGUCAGACCCAGCUGUGUGCUGUAUGUAGGUCAGUGUUUAUCUCAUUAAAAAUGAGUGUCUAUCA